AUGCUAGCGCUAACGGACGAGGAGAUUACGGUGCCCGAAGAAGUGGAAGUCGACGGACCUCUCGAAGAAGGCCGUGGAAAAGGCCUGACCGGCGAUCGUCUAUGGGUGAUUACGGUCAAGAAGAAGGGGAGAACCCCGGAACGCCAAAGCAUCCGCUACGACGAUUUGCGCUCACGGUUCCGGAUGCCGCUGUUGGAUUAUUUUGAGAAUUGCGCUAGCCUAAAGUCUGAAAAAAGUUCACGGGCUAAGCAAGUGGAAGAGCCGAUGGAAAUCGAUCAAAACGACGAGAAGGAAAACAGGAAUAGGAGGAAAACCCGAAACAUGUCCACGGAAUCUCCCACUAAGGAAAUGAUGGAAACCGAGAGCAGG